AUGAAUGCAUUCCAGCCAUGGCUACCUUGCAUCUUUUUCAUCCUACUGAUGAAGCUGUCCAAUCAGCUUGAAGACAACAAGAUUCCUAGUCUGUGCUCCGGACAGCCUGGUAUUCCGGGCUCUCCUGGGGUGCACGGCAGUCCUGGUCAGCCUGGGAGAGAUGGGCGAGAUGGGAGAGAUAGUGCACCUGGAGAGAAGGGUGAAAAAGGAGUGAGGGGGGAACCAGGGGUGUCCGGUGAGAGGGGUGCUGCAGGCGACCGGGGGGAUCCAGGAGUGAGAGGGGAGAAGGGGCAGCCGGGGGAAUGUGCUGUCGCCCCAAAAUCUGCCUUCAGUGCAAAGAUGUCUGAGGGGCGUAGCACGCAAAUCGUGGGCGAGGCGGUGUGCUUUGAUCAGGUGCUGCUGAACGAACAGGGGGAUUACAAUGCCGAAACCGGGCGCUUCACCUGCAGGGUGCCCGGCGUGUACUACUUCACCGUCCAUGCCACCGUGUACCGCACCAGCCUGCAGUUCGAUCUGGUGAAGAACGGCCACACGGUCGCCUCCUACUUCCAGUUUUAUGGGAACUGGCCCAAGCCGGCUUCUCUGUCUGGGGGCUCCCUGCUGCAUCUGGUGCCAGGGGACACAGUCUGGAUGCAGAUGGCCUUAAGUGAAUACAACGGCCUCUACUCCAGCCCCAAAACCGACAGCACGUUCACUGGCUUCCUCAUUUACUCAGACUGGAAGAACUCGGCUGUCUUCGUUGAACCUGCUGGAGAUAUCCCGCGGAUCAGAGCCGGUCCUGACCUCCCUGGAGCCCUAAGCAAAAUUCUGCUAAGGGGCCCUCCUACCUGACCCGUGAGCCAUGUAAACUAUUUUCCAUUGCCACACAGUCCCACCUGACACCCCAGUGCUCCCACUACAGUCCUCUCUCCUUUAAAACAGUUUGCUCUAUCUGUCAGUCUAAGAAUAAGAAUAUUUAAUCAGUAGUCAAUGUCAAUCCAUUGCUUUCCAUCUUCCAUUAGUCCAGAGUUGUAACUGAACCUUGACUGAGAGACUAGAUAAUCAUUGUCUUGUUUUAAAAUUAUGUGCGCCUAUGAGGAGUGCUAUCACGCCCAUAUAUUGUCUGGACUGAACCCCACAGAGGUUGCUGCUGGAAAGCGCGAGUUUAAUUUCGUGCAUGCGCAUAUGUACGCAUGUUCACGCGCAAUGCGGUUAUCUUUUCUGAGCUGCAGUUUAUAAACACAGUUGCCCGUUGGCGUUUAUCAGACGUAAUAAUGAAGCAUUAUAAAACGGGUAGCUCAAUUCAAGCAAUCUGAUUGGUUCAUAGCCGUGGUAUAUUAACCAUACCACGUAUGACGUCUAAUUCCUUUGCACAAUUCAGUAUCACUCUGCGUCUGAGGGAAAAAAAAACGUUUUAAAAAAUCUAAAUCUAAAUUGGAGUGUGUCUAUUACUUUCAUAUUUCCAUACUUGGUGACCGUUUUAUAAAAGCAACAGCUCACUUCAAGCCGUAAUUAAUUAAUUAUAAAGGGACAGCUUUUGUUACCCUCCUCUUUUCAAUGUCCAAUUUCGCGAUUGAUGGCAAUGUUGAAUCACGUUUGUAGGCCAGUUACUGGCUUCAUUUAGGAAUGCCAACCAUACCGCAAAAUACACAAUCGUCCUUUAUUUUUACAGUAGAAUAGACGUUCCGUAUUUAAGUCAUGGCUACGGGGCGCAUUUUAUCUUUGUAAACGAUUGCAUUAAAUAUUAACCGCUACUUUGAAUACAAUUAAUAGUUACCUAGCCGGGAUAACAAUCAUGCCGUAAGACCAUUCUGACCUAAAACCCAGAAUUUUAAUAUAGGCUAGGUGACAACACUGACAAGUGACGGUGAACCUAAGAUAGCUGGCAUUCAAACCCGGUUUCAGAGGGUCUUGGAGAAACGCUAUGUCUACACUGCGAGACCGCAACAUUUUAAAAAGGAAGACAGGGGGAGAUUCAUUUGAUUGAGUUAUGGUUUCAUGCAGUUUUCCUAAAUAAUGCAAUGCAAAAAUUACAAAAAGCUAAUUGUAGGCUAUGGUAUGAAACGAGAAGGAACUAUUUUUCUCGACAGAAUUGUUGUUUUCAUAGAAUUAACAACCAGAGUUUUUCCAUAACAACGGUCCAAAUAAACUAUCAUCGACAGUUUUGCUUAACAAAGGUAAAAUAAUACGGGACAUCCCGUCGUGGUUUAUUCCUUACGUAUUUCACUCUCACUAUUGUCAGGCACAGAGUCACAGAACACAGCCCUGUAAGUGGCUAGCAAGCAAGCAAGCAAUACACAGACAGACCAGAUGCACUGCCCAGCUAUAGGUUAUCAAGACAGACAGAGAGAGAUGCACAGCAAGCUAGCACAUCAACUUAACGUUACUGUUAUUUUCUGACAUCAAACUUGGAGAGGAGAGAACGCAAGUUUACCUGAUUGCUGUUCCUGCAAUUCACUCUCAUGGUGUGUUUUUUUUUUUUUUUCGUGACCAGAAGGAUAGUUUCGCGUCAUCCUCUCAUCUAAGUUGUAAACAUUGAUACCCGCUUGGACACGAGGGGGAGGCGGGGCCCUUGCGUAAUUUGCGGGUCCCUACGCAAUUUGCAUAGUGAGCGUAUAGGGCCGCCCGGCUCUGUCCCUUAGCUACAUCCACGGAUGCAGAAUGUCGUAGCUUGUGUUGUUUCUAUUAUUGGCUAAUAGUUUCUUGAAAGUGCGUACGCGCAUUUUCCAAGACACCUUCAGUUUGAUGUCAUCGGACGAGGACUUUUUUUGAGGCUGGAUCUGGGCUAGAUGGCAGAUGUGGUGUAAAGUUCUGAAGUUGCAGGGACUGUGUUUGCCCAGCGCUGCCGGGGCGAGCGGAAUGUCACUGUAACCGAUCAGGAUGUUUGCUCAGCGGCGAAGAUGCUAUGGCCCUCUCUCGCAUUGGAACUACACUCUGCAGUUCCUGUGGAAAGCUAAAGGGAAAAGAAUCAAAGCAAUCUUCUCACGCCAAGUAUUUCCAUUAAAUGACGUAAAGUUUCCCCUCGCAGUAAUUCAGUACGAUUUUCAGAUAAACCAUUCAAUUGGUUUAUUUUUUGGUUUGUAAUUUCACACAGUCCUGUAACUGUGGGCUAGAGAACAUCGAAGCUUAUUUUGAGGUAAAACUAGACUUUUUUGCAAGUAGGCUAUGACUGUGUGGCUCAUCACACGAUGUUGUGCAGCAGUAUCGUGUAGUAUGCUAUUUAUAGACACAAUUACAGUGCAGGGUACUAUUGACAUAACGUGUAUCCUGAAAGUUGGCCAUCGGGAUUGAAUGUUCUGUAGUUACAUGUGGACUGCAGGAAACGGUUAUUGGGUUACUUGGUAAUGUAGUAGAGUUGCGUUCGUGCAGACAAUGCUCUUGGUACGUGGGUGAGGUGUUGGAGCGAUAAUUCGACAAGCACAAGUGAUAGGGUAUACACCAUUAUCAAAAUACAUUGUUAUUCACGAGAAAAGGCAGGAACUACAGAUUGAAUGUAGUUCAGAAUUAUACCGCAGGGGAGCGCCAGACGCCCACUACUCCCGCAGUAUUUCAGCGUAGUGAGCUAUAACUUAUUUUGGGAACUGUGAUUGUCUGUUCUGCCUCUAAAUUGUCCAGCCAUCAGAAUCCAAUAGUAAACUGCGGAUGGUUCAUAAAACAAUUUUUUUUUAAGAAUAUCAGCUGCAGAAAGAGGUCUCUUUUGACUAGGAUCUGUUUAAUUGAGGAAAACUAUGAACAACCUAUUAUUUAAUGCACUUUAUUAAUGUGCAUCCUUACACACACACACCACUAUGUCUUCAUUUUGAAGUUCUGUGUCUAUUCUGUAUCGUUCUUGUGAUUCUCUGGGGGUCUAGGAGUGUGCUAAUUAAUCCGUUCAUCUGUGGUGCCGGGGUGCAGCUAGGAAUUCUGAGCCCCGUUUUUCCUCCUCUGUUGGUGUCAAAACAUUCAGACUGUUCCCUCUGCUUGAAUCCCUUCUCACACCCCCGCCAAAGUGUGCCGUCUUAACACACGACUCCACAUACGGCUGUGUUUCUGAUGGGCGGGGUCAAUGGGGACAUUCUGCAAUGGAUGGAAAACUGAGAACGAAGACAGCUAAGAGCAGAAUCUCCCUAGAAAGAAAAAAAAAAAACAUCUGAGAUACUGAAAAAAGAGAUGGAGAGAGAAAAAAAGAGAUGGAGAGAGGUUUUGAGUUGUGUGAGUUUCCCACAGUCUCCUGUACCAGGGUUGACGGGUCAGAGGCCAUUUCUCAGGGGGCAUGUUUUUCCUCUUCUACCCACAAUUCUCUCAGCUCAGAGGCUUUAUAUGGUUUCAGAUAUCCCAGCGUGGUCCUGGAGGAUUUAACGGGAACAAAUAAAUAAUCAAGACAUUCCUCUGAUUGAGUUGCCAGAUAUUGCACUGCUGAGAGAUCCCUCUGUCAUCUUUCUUUGCGUGACUUUGCAACUGGCGUCACGAAUGCCUGAGACUUUUGAGCAUAUGCUUUUAAAAAAUCUUUUUGCCGGCUCAAUGUAGAUCCGCCUCAUUAAAACAUGCAUUUCACCGAC